AUGAAGAAAUACGCUCUGGUUGGAACUGGCGGCCGCGCCAUCUUCUUCUACACGGCGCUGGCGACCGAGUUUCGCAGCACGGCGCAGCUGGUAGCCUUUUGCGACAUCAACCAGACGCGCAUGAACUAUGCGAAUGAGCGGCUGCGGGAGCUGGGCCAUGCGGAGGUGCCGACAUACCUCGCCCGCGACUUUGAGCGGAUGGUGCGUGAGACGGGGGCGGACGAGGUGAUUGUGACGACCAUCGACCGUACGCACCACACGUACAUUGUGCGGGCGCUCGAGCUGGGUUGUAACGUGGUGACGGAGAAGCCGAUGACGAUCGACGCGCCGCGCUGCCGCGAGAUCUUCGAUGCCGUCGAGCGGACUGGCCGCCGCGUGCGGGUGACCUUCAACUACCGGUACGCACCGCACAACACCCGGGUAUACGAGCUGCUGGCGGCCGGGGAGAUCGGGCAGGUGCAUUCGGUGCACUUUGAAUGGCUGCUCAACACGCAGCACGGAGCGGACUACUUCCGCCGGUGGCACCGCGACAAGCGCAACAGCGGCGGCCUGCUGGUGCACAAGGCGACCCACCACUUCGACCUGGUCAACUUCUGGCUGCAGAGCCGGCCAGAGACCGUCGCCGCCAUGGGGGACCUGCGAUUCUAUGGACGCGAGAACGCCGAACGCCGCGGCGAGACCAAGUUCUAUUCACGCGCCCACGGCAGCGCGUACGCCGCCGACGACCCGUUCGCCCUCCAUCUGGAGCAGACGCCGCAACUCAAAGCCAUGUAUCUGGACGCCGAGGCCGAAGACGGCUACCACCGCGACCAGAGCGUGUUCGGCGACGGGAUCAGCAUCGAGGACACGAUGAACGUGCUGGUACGGUACCGAUCCGGCGCGGUGAUGACAUACAGCCUGACGGCCUACUCGCCGUGGGAGGGCUUCCGGGUCGUUUUCAACGGUAGUAAGGGCCGACUCGAGGUCGAGGUCGUGGAGAAGUCAUACGUCAACUCGGGCGGCGAUCAAGCGCUCGAGGGGGCACUCACCUCGCACUCGAUCCUGCUGCGACCGUUGUUUGGCCCGCCACAGGAGAUCGAGGUCCCUGAAGCCACCGGUGGACAUGGCGGAGGAGACCCCCAGCUGCUGCGCGAUUUGUUUGGCGAGUCGACAGAGGACGACCGGUUGAGACGGGCAGCAUCACAUGUGGACGGAGCGCUGUCGAUUCUGACCGGAAUUGCAGCCAACCUAUCGAUUUCGAGGGGUACGAUGGUUUGUGUGGAUGAUGUGAUGAAAAUCGAGGAGAAGGAGUAGAAGGAGUAAGGGUGAGGGUGAGGGUGAGAGUGAGGGUAGUAGGGGAUGGCACAAUAUAUAUAGGAGCAGUUGGCCCGAACGACGAAAAUAAUACAACUACUUUGCAGUCC